AUGCAUCUCUCACAUACUUUCUUCGCCGGCGCUCUCUUGCUUGCAUUUGAAGCUAGCGCAACUGCUACGACAAAGUCCUACGUUACUUGUAUCACCAAGCAAGGUCCAAAGCCGGUUGCUACCGUCAAGACAACGUCUCGCAUCUUGACGGUACCUUUCUAUGGCUUCAAGUUCACAACGAAGACGCCUACAUAUGUCGUCACUCCCCCACCGGUUACCGCCACGGUCACUGUCACAGCGACGAGCGUAAUGACUGAGACCCAGACCCAAGAGACCGACACGUUCUCUGAAACUGUCACGCAGACCGACACAGUCCUAAUAACAUCCACGGACAUCACCCGAGUAACAGACACCGCCACGCUCACUGUCACGCUUACUGCUGCAACAACGACUGUGGUACCUCCUGCAAAUUUCCAGCCCAUCCAGUCAACCUUCCCCAACAGGAAGCGAAGAUUCGCCAGCCUCCCUGAAGUAGCAUCGAACGAAUCUGCACUAGAAGAGCGAGGCCAAGCGCAACGUAUCAUCUUCAACAAAGGCCGAAAACCGACAUGCUCACCUCCCGUCUACCCACAAGGAGUGGCUUGUGUCGGCAUAGCAAAGGUGAUCAGUACGUCGACCAUCACCCGGACCGCGAAGAGGACCACGACUGUUACGACAUCGGCACCUACCUCUUCGGUCACCACCACAAUAACCGAGGUCAGCACGACCACCCUCACUCCCGUUCGCGCAUCAACAACAGUCACUGAUGCCUACUACACGGCCAUCACACAAACCAUUGUCGAGCCCUCUACCAUCACAACUGCCACUACCCAAACAAUCGAAGUAGCCGUACCGGCUUCCACCUUCUACGCCGCCUGCGGUGCCGACAACUUCAUCCCCGGUAUCAAUGGCCAAGUUUUCAGCCAAAUCGUGAUCGACGACCUGUCGGAUCAGAGUGUCGUUGCCGGGUCGGCCUAUGAAUGCUGCCUGGCCUGUAUCUCCACACCUGCCUGUGUCGGAAGCGUAUUUCAGGUAGUUAACAACCAGAAAUACUGUGAUUUCUUCACACGAAAUAGUGGUGUUUGCGAUGCUGGUUCUCAGGGGGGCCAGAUUAUCUUGAAAGACGGAACACCGGACGGGUCUGUGUUGCUUAGUAAUGGGAUUUGUGGGAAAUAUUAUGUUUAA